UCCCCUGUGGAAGAGGAGUCGCAGUUGCGCUCCCCUCACUCUCUUUUUAUGUGUCACGCUGGAUGUGCAACACGGGUCCAUGAGUGAGGUUUGCAGAGCGACACCAGUCUGUGUUUCGCUGGAGUGAACAGGGCUGAGGAGCAUGUUGGGCAGCGGCAGGUCAGCGGACAGUGGCCCCGGGCAGCAGCCGCGCAAGAGCGCAGCGAAGACCGCGGACCCCAUCAGGAGGCUCGGGCUUCUGGACAAUGAGGAUAUAGUCCUUAUGAUGCAAGGCUCCAGCAUGGUGAAGGUUCGUUCUCAGAGGUGGCAGAAAAGCCGAAACCUGAGGCUCCUAGAGGACGGCCUCACCGUGUGGUGUGAGUCCACCAAAAGCUCCCGAAAGGCCAAAGCCAAGCAGACCUUUGCAGUGACGGAGGUGGAGUGCGUGCGUGAAGGCUGCCAGUCCGAGGCACUGCGAAGAUUGUCUGGGUCAGUGCCGGAGAGCCAGUGCUUCACAGUGGUCUUCAGAGGACCCCGAAAGAGUCUGGACCUGCUGUGCACCUGUGAGGCCGAAGCUCAGCGGUGGGUGCGUGGACUCCGGACCCUGAAGGAGCGAGUGGCAAACAUGACUCAGAAGGAAAAACUGGAUCAUUGGAUCCGUGGAUACCUGCGGCGAGCGGACCAAAACCAGGACGGCAAGAUGAGCUACGACGAGGUCAAAUGGCUGCUGCAGAUGAUCAACAUCGACCUGAAUGAGCACUACGCUCGCUCUCUAUUCAAGAGGUGUGACCGGUCCGGCGACGGUCGCCUGGAUCACAUCGAGAUCGAGGAGUUCUGCAGGGAGCUUCUGCGACGCCCCGAGCUGGACGCGGUGUUCCGACAUUACUCCAGUAACGGCUGUGUGCUGUCCACGGCAGAGCUGCGAGACUUCCUCGGAGAUCAGGGCGAGGACGCGUCUCUGAGUCACGCUCAGAACCUCAUACUCACCUACGAGCUUAAUGACUGGGCUCAGAAGAACCAGUUCAUGACCCAGAACGGUUUCACCAUGUACAUGCUCUCCCUGGAGAAUGAUGUUUUUAACCCGGACCAUGGCAGAGUGUACCAGGACAUGAGCCGCCCCUUAUCUCACUACUUCAUUUCCUCCUCACACAACACCUACCUGACCAAGGACCAAGUGACCAGCACCAGCAGCACGGAGCCCUACAUCAGGGCUCUGAAUCAGGGCUGCCGCUGCGUGGAGCUGGACUGCUGGGAUGGAGAUAAAGGGGAGCCUGUCAUUUACCACGGCCACACACUCACCUCCAAAGUGCCGUUCAAGGAGGUCAUAGAAACCAUCGCUCAAUACGCCUUCAAGGCCUCCCCGUAUCCCCUCAUCUUGUCCUUGGAGAACCACUGCUCUGUGGAGCAGCAGGCCGUCAUGGCCCAGCACCUCCGCGCCAUCCUGGGAAAGAAGCUGCUCACCAAGCCGCUCAGUGAGAAGCCCCUUAAGGAUCUGCCCUCUCCAGAGGAGCUGAAAGGUUAUAUUUUAGUGAAAGGAAAGAAACACACUCCGCACCUGAGCCAGCUGGGAAAGAACAGCAGCAGCGCCAGCUUCUCCUCCAGCUCUGAGGACGAGUACACAAACGGGAGCAAGGGCACGCCCAAGAAGGACCUAGCAAAGCAGGUGUGUUCCAAACUCAGCCCGGAACUGUCUUCACUGGUGGUCUACUGCCGGAGCGUCCCCUUCAGCGGCUUUGAAAACUCGGGUGAAAAGGCGGCAGAUGAGAUGUCUUCCUUCUCUGAGAGCGACGCUCUCAAGCUCAUCAAAGAUUCUGGCAAGUUAUUUGUGAGACACAACAGUCGGCAGCUGAGCCGGAUCUACCCUUCCGGCCAGCGGCUUCAGUCAUCCAACUAUGAUCCUCAGGAAAUGUGGAAUGGUGGCUGCCACAUGGUGGCUCUGAACUUCCAGACACCAGGGGAGCAGAUGGAUCUGAACCAGGGUCGCUUCCUGCCCAACGGUCGCUGUGGAUAUGUCCUGAAGCCUGAUUUCAUCUGCAGCCUGUCAUCCAACUUCAACCCAGAGAACACAGGAGGAGGCCCGGGUCACAUCCCUACACAGCUCACCAUCAGAGUCAUUUCAGCUCAGCAGCUUCCAAAAACAAACACUGACAAGGCCAGUUCCAUCGUGGACCCGCAGGUGUGGGUGGAGAUCCAUGGAGUGGCCAUCGAUAACGCCAGAGCCAAAACCCACCGCAUUGAUAACAAUGGUUUUAACCCACGCUGGGACUGCACACUGAGCUUCCAGCUGCAGGUUCCAGAUCUGGCCCUGGUGCGGUUUAUGGUGGAGGACCAUGAUCACACGUCAAAGAACGACUUUGUGGGACAGUUCACUCUGCCUUUCACCAGCCUGCGCACAGGCUACCGGCACGUUCACCUCCUGAAGUCAGAUGGAUCCAGACUGUCACCUGCAACACUGUUUAUCCACAUAAAAGUCACCCGCAGAGGAGUCCCCAUAAAGAGCGUGUCAGAACGGUUGGCCAAAGGCAAAGUGUGACGGAGUCUACCGAGGAUCCAAACUGGUUGACUUCAAAUAAACAAAGUGAAGGUUAUUUCUGUUGCCAGAAAGGUUUCUGUGAGCAAAGCUCAAGCGGACCAGGUCAGGAGGAUACGUCUGGAAGGAAGAGCAGAUGAGGCAUGUUUGAAAGCAGAGGAGCUCUGCUCUAGAAAAACAAAUGUUUUUCAAGGUUACAGCUGAGUCACGUUUGAUAUAUUUUUAAUGUUCAAAAAUUCUGGAUUAACUGGAAAAGCUUAGUAAAGUGUGCACAGUUUACUCUUAAAUCGACAAGGUGAAUUUUUUCAACCUAGACAGGCCCAAAAUACUGUUGAAAAUCCAACUUAACAUCAGAAGAUGACCACUUUGUGAAUGUAAGAUUAGUUAAUGUGCUUUGAUCUGGAGGUUCCUCACUGUGCGCCUUUAACUACAAGUGACCUUAAAUGCCAUUGCAUUUUAAACUGCAUAUGUUUUUAUAUUUAACCAUGAACUAACACAUGAAUCAAGAGACGCUUUUCUAGUGAAAACCGUUGACACCACUAAUGCUGAUCACUGAGUGGAUGUUAGCCAAAAAAAGUUGAUGAACUAGAACAUGCUGUUGCGAUGAUGAUGUCAUUUGCUGUCAGUAUUAUUUGUUUAGCGGAAUUAUAAGUGUUUGUGUGCCGUCUGAAGACGAGACAAAUGUAUGUUUACACUAUUGCAUUUUGAGGAUUUUCCAUGAGAAGCAUGUGUCUUAUAUGUUCCAUGUGUCUCUGCAAAUACAAGUGAACUCUAACCAAGCCUGGCGUUUCACCUGUUCAACAGUUUACAUAUUAAUACUAAUGCUAAUGAUAAUGAAAGAAGAACCUAAGGUUAGUGUCAUGAUGGGGGACAGUAUAUCAUAACUCGCCCGGCAGAAAUUGCACACUCAUCAUCUGUUGGGAAUCAGCUAAUAAAAUAAUAUUCAAAGGAAAAUGUUUCUUUUUUUAUUUUUCGUUAAUAAUGGAAAUUGUGUUGUGUUUCAUUCGCCGGUUAUUAAUGAUCCUACGCUACAAUCUUCUAAGGUGUCAGCUCAACAGGAAGCUCUUUCAGUAGCGUUCAGGGUAAAUACAUUUUUGGCUGUGUAUCAUAAUAACGCUGCUGGAGAGAAGCACACAUUUCUUCUCACCUUGUUUGAAUUUCAUUUUAAUUUUUAACAGGACUGACGGAUUUUAGAAAAAUAUGGAUAAAAUAAUGAAGAGAAAGAAUAAACAAGUAAAUGUACAAAGACCACUGUUCCAUGUCUUUUCUUAUUAAAUUGUCAAUGUGGAAAUUAUUCUUUCUGAAUAGAUUUUCAAGAUUGUUGGUUAUAUUUAUUCCUAAAUAUUUCAGUCAUUACAUAUCCCUUUUUUUUUUAUUUGUAUUCUCUUAGCGUAUCAUUCAGAGUGGUGUUGUAUUUGGGUUUUUGAUAUUUUUAUUUUGUACCGUGAAUAUGAGGCAAAUAGUUCUAGGAUCGAAUUAGUUGUUCAAACAAUUCGGCGGGUUAUUUAAAUAGAUCAUUGUAUUGUCAGCAAACAAGCUGACCUGAUUAAUAAAAGCAAAUUAAAAGCAAACAAUGUGGGU